CCGACGUCCGCGCCAGUGGCCUAACCUGCCCGACUCGCCGAACUCGCCUCAGCUCCCGGCGGCAGCAGGUGGCCCCGGACUCCCCGCCGUUGCCGCAGCCGAGGUGGGCCACGGGCCCCGGAGCCCUCGCGAGCGGGAUGGAGGCGGAUGGGGACCUGGAGGAGCUGGCUCGGCUGCGCUCCGUCUUCGCCGCCUGCGACGCGAACCGCUCCGGGCGCCUGGAGCGUGAGGAGUUCCGCGCGUUGUGCGCGGAGUUGCGCGUGCGGCCGGCCGACGCCGAGGCCGUGUUCCAGCGGCUUGACGCCGAUCGCGACGGUGCCAUCACCUUCCAGGACUUCGCGCGCGGCUUUCGCGGGGCCCGCGGCGGGGGUCCGCCCCGGCGCUGGGGACCGCGGGAGCCCGCGCCCGCCGCGGCCCGGGUGGGGUCCGACCCCGGGUCAGGCGAGCAGGACGAGGGCGACGAGGUCGCGGCGGCGGCUCUGGCCCCUCCCUGGGACCCGGCGAGCUCCGGCCAGGCUUGGCAGGACUUCCAGGAGCGACUCGGGGACGAGGUCAAGUUCAUCCCCAGAAAAGAGCAAGUUAGUACCUUGUAUCAAAACAUCAACCUCGUGGAGCCAAGACUGAUUCAACCAUAUGAACAUGUUAUAAAGAACUUUAUCCGUGAGAUCAAACUUCAGAGCACAGAAAUGGAAAACCUGGCCAUUGCAGUGAAGAGAGCCCAGGACAAGGCAGCCAUGCAGCUGAGUGAGCUGGAAGAGGAAAUGGAUCAGAGGAUUCAGGCUGCAGAACAGAAGACACGGAAAGACGAAAAACGCAAAGCUGAGGAAGCCCUCAGUGACCUCAGGCGUCAAUAUGAAACAGAAGUGGGAGACCUACAGGUGACGAUAAAGAAACUCAAGAAGCUAGAAGAACAAUCAAAACACAUAAGUCAGAAACAAGAUGUGGCUGCAUUAAAGAAACAAAUUUAUGACUUAUCAAUGGAAAAUCAGAAAGUUAAGAAAGAUCUUUUAGAAGCACAGACAAACAUAGCCUUUCUUCAGAGUGAACUAGAUUCUUUGAAAAGUGAUUAUGCUGAUCAGAGUCUGAAUUCUGAAAGGGAUCUGGAAAUAAUCCGAGAAUACACAGAAGAUCGAAAUAGUCUUGAGAGGCAAAUUGAAAUACUCCAAACAGCUAACAGGAAACUGCAUGACAGUAACGACGGCCUGAGGAGUGCCCUUGAAAACAGCUACAGCAAGUUCAACAGAUCCUUGCGCAUAAAUAAUAUCUCACCAGGGAAUACAAUUUCUAGAAGCAGUCCUAAAUUUAAUCUUCAUUCUCCUCAACCUCUGGGCUAUGACAGGUCAUCCCGCUCUUCCUACAUGGAUGAGGACUGUGAUUCGCUGGCCCUCUGUGACCCCAUGCAGAGGAUGAAUUAUGAUGUUGACAGCCUGCCUGAGAGCUGCUUCGACAGUGGCUUGUCUACCCUGCGAGAUUCCAACGAAUAUGACUCGGAGGUGGAGUACAAGCACCAGAGGGGAUUCCAGAGGUCGCACGGCGUGCGAGAGAGCUUUGGGGGUGAUGCUUCGGACACGGACGUUCCUGAUAUAAGGGAUGAAGAGACUUAUGGCUCAGAAGGCAUGGUUUCCAUCCUGGGCUGGAAGCCCCCAGGAUCUGCUAGUGAAGGCAGCGUCACUAGCUCCUCAAGAAAGCCCAUCUCCGCGCUUUCACCACAGACAGACAUGGUGGAUGAGAGCCAUAAAUCUUCCAGCUCGCAGAAAGCUUACAAGAUUGUGCUGGCCGGGGAUGCUGCAGUGGGGAAGUCGAGUUUCCUCAUGAGACUUUGCAAGAAUGAAUUUCGAGGAAACACAAGUGCUACCCUGGGAGUUGAUUUUCAAAUGAAAAUGCUCAUCGUAGAUGGAGAACGGACAAUACUGCAGCUUUGGGAUACAGCUGGCCAGGAGAGAUUCAGAAGCAUUGCGAAGUCUUACUUCAGAAGAGCAGAUGGUGUCUUGCUGCUGUAUGAUGUUACGUGUGAGCAAAGCUUUCUUAAUGUACGAGAAUGGGUAGAUAUGAUUGAGGAUGCAGCCCAUGAGAGCAUUCCCAUCAUGUUGGUAGGAAACAAGGCUGAUCUUCGUGAUGCUGCUGAAGCAGAGGGACAAAAAUGUGUCCCAGGGUACUUGGGAGAAAAACUGGCCAUGACCUAUGGGGCAUUAUUUUGUGAAACAAGUGCCAAAGAUGGUUCAAAUAUAGUGGAAGCUGUUCUCCAUCUUGCUCGGGAAGUGAAAAAGAGAACUGAUGAGGAUGACAGCAAAUCCAUUACCAAUCUGAGUGGCACUAGUUCCAAAAAGUCAACCCAGAUGAAGAACUGUUGCAAUGGUUAAUUCCAAAACAUCCUCGGCCCACAAAACCUCCACUCCCAGGGUACUGAAUAUACGUGACUUACUUGCUUCUUACGUGAAGUGGUACAUCCUACAGACACUUGGUGGAGAGUUACAGUGUGGGGAAUCUGAACUGUGCUCUCGGGUCCCUCCAGAACCUCGGCUCUUUUUUGCUGUUUCAAUGAGUGAUUUGGGCCCCCUGGUUACAUAUGCCUGUCUUAAAUUUAGAAAGUCUUUUUAUGCUCAGAUCAAAGCUAUAAAAGAAAUUCACUGAUAUAAUUAGAUUCAUGUGGUAGAUAACCAAUGACAUUUACUUCCCAUAUUCAGUACUAUUGGGCUGGCCACAAAGUUCGUUCAGGUUUUUCUCAACUUUACAGGAAACCCCAAACAAACUUUUUGGGCAAGUCAACAGAAAACUAGUAAAGAGGGGUUAGCAUCCUACCUUUGCUGUAAACUAGCCUUCUGGUCUUGAACCUAUCACCAACCCACAUUAGAUCCAUUUCCUCAUCUGUAAACAAGCAGCUUGGCCUUUCAGGCCUCGGCUCUGUCAGCUCUGUAGCUCUUUGAGGAGUGAGAAGGAGAGUGUGAUGGCCCACGGUUUAUAAGGACUCUGGUCGUUCAUCUUUUUAAAUAUUUAAGUAUCAGUUUUUCUCACUUCUUGUAUAGAAUAGAAUUUAAUUGUGUAGAAUAGAAUUUAAUUGAGAAAAAAAUGGCAAAGUUUUAUGUUCCAGUGCAGAUAGAAAAAUCUAUUGCUUUAUAUAUACAGAAAACAUUUGGGGGACAAAAAUAGUUUGUAUAUUAAAGAGGGUGUUUUAUAAUCUCAGAAUACUUACAAAGACCAUGGUUUGAAUUCACUGCUAAAAACUCUAAUGAAAAGUAUAAAGCCACAUGUUACUGAAAAUACAAUGCCCAGGAAAGUUGUCCCACUUCACUUAAAAAAAAAAGAAAAAAAAGAACAGCAAGAGACUGCAGGUGCUGGUAAAAGGGAAUAACGGAGAGUGACUACUAAUGGGUAUAUAGUUUCCUUGGGGAUGAUGAGAAUGUUCUGGAAUUAUAUUGUGCUAAUGUUGCACAACUUUGUGAAUAUACUAAAAUCCACUAAAUUGUAUACUUUAAAUGGUGAAUCUUAUGGUAUGUGAACUAUAUAUAUGUAUAUAUAUAGUUUUUAAAAUAUGCUAUUUAUCAUUUUGCCAAAUGAAAAUAUGCAACUUCAAACCUCCCCAUGGCUUAAGAGCAUAAUCUCUUUUCUAUAACAGAUACCCUAACACCUUGGCUGCCAGCAUUCACAUCCUUAAAUAAUGAACAGUGAAAGAAAUGUUAUGUGUCAUUUUGAAAAAUCAUCUCUUUUGAAGAGGAAUUGUGGUUAGGGUACAGGUGAGUCAGCCCUUUGAGGUGACUCGGGACUCAUCCUCACCAACAGCCUCAGGGGUUGCUCUCCUAGAAGCUGUGCUGCCUCCCCGACUUCCCCACUGAAAUGUCUCCAAGAGCCAAAGGAGUCAAUACCUGACCCCAGGGUGGGUCAGCGAGGCAUGGUCUUUGGUUUCAAUUUUCAGUGGCCAGAACCAACUAAGUUACUCCCAACCAGAGACUUGAACUUAACGUGAUUCAUAGGUCCAGGCCCCAAGUAGCCUACUGAAAAAAUAAUAGCUCUUAUUGUACUACGUAAGCUAAAAACAUCCCUCUUAUAGAAUUAAAACAACUCUAUUUACAAUUUUUAUGAUCAGACCUUAAAUUCUCCAAGGUUUUUUGUUGUUUUUUUUUUUUAAUGACAAUUGGGUAGUAUGUUAACAAAGCUUAUAAAUAGCCACAACAUCCAUUUAGCUUUUCAAAGUGUGCCUUCUCUCUACUGGUGAUAUCUAAUUGAGUUUUGUUCUUUUUCACUGGUUCUGUCUUCAACAACUCUACCAUGGAUUCCUGUUUCCUGGUUUUUGGUCUCAGAGGGGAAAAAAAAGUUUACAUUUUUUACUAAAAAGAAUACCUUGCUGGUGGGGAACUGUCAAACUGAUCCAAGGAGGGAUGGUUAUUUUUGUGCCAUGGUGCAAUGAAAGUUUGACCACUGCUGUUUGCCUCGGUGGCAUCUGUGGAGCCCCAGUUAGAACAGACCUAACAGACCUGUGUGUUGAUAUAUGGUGUUCAAGUUUAGGAGUUUGAUGCAGUUGCACAAAACUGUGUUAGUAUACAUGUUAUUGUGUUGUCUUUAUUUAUUUUCCCCCAAAGUGUCUAUAUGUGUCUUAUAAUAUGUAUAUAAUAGUAUAUACCUUUGAUACAGAAGUAUUAUCUUGCUCUUUGCUUCUGGACUAUAGGGGCAGUAACCCAAACUGAUUAGAUUACAUGGGUGCCUGUGAUAAAUGAAGCAAACAUCUUUAACUAUGUUAACGUGGAUAAAUAUUUUUGUAACAAAAUUCAAAUUAGACUUACAGCUUUCAAAUUAGACUUAUAGCUCUGAUUAGAGAUCCUAUUUAAAGAAAAGCUACUGAUAGCUCUUUCACUGCCCUGCUAGGAAACUAAGUUUAUUAUCAACAUUUGAUUUUAUGAAGCUGUUCCCAAAUUUAGAGUUUAUUUUUGGUAAUAAUAAAAACAGCUAGUGUUUUUAACUUGAACUUAAUUUGCUACACUUUCUAUUCAUAUUGUCUCAAUUACUCCUUGGAGAGCUUUUAAAAUCACAAUUACACUAUACUCUUUUUUAUGUAUCCUAACACUCUGGAUAUUAUUUUAGUUUCAACAUGAAAAGAACACUGGCUAUAGAAACAUUUUUCACUGUUAACUUUUAGCCUUGUGCAUUUUCAUAAUUUAUUUUUUUCCACUUGCUGUUUUAUAUGAUAUAUGUGACAUCUGAUUAUUUAAUACUAAAUGUGAUCUGUAUAAGGCCCAAACCACACAAUUCUCUUGCUGAAGAUAAAAUUGAGCUUAAAGAUAAAGAUUUAUUUUCAUAUUUGUACAGUGAUUGGCUUCAGAGUCAUGGUUUUCAUGGGCUUUUAUUGUAUGUAUGUGUAAGAAAUUUCAUACAUAUAUAUUAAGAAGACCUCUAAGUAAUGAAAUAAUUAUUUAUGAUUUUGAUUUACAUGGUUUACAUUUUCAUAAUAGUGGCUGUAUUUCAUUUAUACUGUUUCUCUUCAAACCAUUAAUAAUUAUCCCAUAAUGUGUAAUUUAUGGUAGUACAAAUGUCUAAAAAAUACAUUAUAUUUUCUGCAUCAUAAAUUCAGUUAAAAAAAAAACUCACUUGCUU